AUGAAGACCGCGUCUCGAUCCGGUCGGUUGUCGUGGCAGCAUCGCCUGCCACUGCCGGCCACCCUGGCCUUGCGCUACCUGCGCUCGGCGCGGCGCGAUGCCUACGUCAGCUUUCUCGGUCUGCUGGCGUUUGGCGGGGUCGCCCUCGGCGUGGCGGCCAUGGUGUUGGUGCUGGCGGCGCUAUCGGGUCUGCAGAGCUUCCUGCGCCAAGACGUGAUGGCCCGCACACCCCAUCUGGAGAUCGAGCUGGCGGCACCUGACGGCGAGACUCCCAACGCCAGCACCACUCUGUUGGCCGAGCUCGGCGCGGUCGACGGGGUGGUGGAGGUCCAUCGCCUGCUACGCGGCCGCGGCUGGGUAAUGGCCGACGGUCAGCCUCAGGCGGUGCAGUUGAUCGGUUUCGAGGGCAACCUGCCGCAGUUUUUUGCCGACGCCACCGGCCGGGCCGAGGGGCUUUAUUUGAGUGAUCGCUUGGCAGCGGUGUGGGGGCUGAGCCCCGGCGACCCGGUGCAGGUGGUGUCGCCGCGCCCGACCCUGACUCCGCUGGGGCCCCAGCCACGGAUUCACCGCUUGCGGCUGGCGGGCACUUUUGCGGCUGGCCAGACCGAAGAUCACGAACAGCGCCUGGCCUUGCCGAUCGAGACCGCGCGGCGGCUCCUGGGCGAUACCGGCGAGCGCCUGGAGGUGCGGGCGGCGGGCUUCGACGAAGCCCUGGCCCUGGCCGGGCCGUUGCGCCAGCGCCUGCCCGCCGGCAGCCGGCUGCGCACCUGGAGCGAGCUCAACCGGCCGCUGUUCUUCGCUCUACGUUUGGAGAAGUCGUUGAUGUUCGUGUCGCUGUUCUUGAUCGUGCCGGUGGCGGGUAUGGCCCUGGUGACGGUGCUGGCGCUGCUGAUCUCGAGCAAGCGAUCAGAGAUCGGCAUGCUGCAAGCGAUGGGCUUCGGUCGCCGUCGGGUGCGGCGGGUGUUCCUGCUGCUGGGUAGCGGCUUGGCCCUGGGCGGCAUGCUCAGCGGAGCGCUGUUGGGUAUCGUCGGCGCCAAGCUGCUCGACCGCUUCCAGGUGUUAUCGCCGCCGGGCGACGUGUAUUACCUGCAGCACAUUCCGUUUCAUAUCGAGGCCGGCGACCUGUUGGCGGUGGCCCUGGCGACCAGCCUGCUGACCCUGAGCUCGACCCUGUGGGCGGCCCGCCGUGCCGCCGCCUUGCGACCGGUGGAGGCGCUGCGCCGAUGA